AUGCACACCAUCUCAACCCUCCUCUCCGGCCUCGCCAUUCUCAGCACCACCCUCGCCAUAACCGCCGAAACCAACACCGGCUUCCGCAUAACCUGGUCCGACGACUUCAGCGGCACCACCCUCGACCCCGCCAAAUGGGACACCUUCACCGGCACCCCCUCCAACAACGAACAACAAACCUACACCGAAACCGGCAACUGCGCUAUCACACCAGACAAAACCCUCCUCAUCACCCCUGAGAACAACAACGGCAAAUGGACAUCCUGCCGCAUCGAAUCCGUGCCCAACUUCCAAGCCAAACCAGGCGGCCAGAUGAUCGUCCAAGCCAGACUUAAGCUCGGCGAUGCAGGAGCCAAAUUGCAGGGUAUCUGGCCUGCAUUCUGGUCCCUCGGUGAAGCUGUCAGGAACGGCGUCGAUUGGCCAGGCUGCGGCGAAAUCGACACCAUGGAGAAUGUCAACGGUGAUGUCCUCGGACACGGAACCAUCCACUGCGGAGCAGCGUGUAACGAUCCCACUGGUCUCGGGUCAGGCACGACGUUUGACUACGGGACUUUCCACACGUGGGCUCAUGCUAUUGAUUUGCGGAGCGGGGAUUGGCAGGAGCAGAGUAUUACGUGGUAUAUGGAUGGACAGCCCUUUAAGGUGCUGCAUGGGAAGGAUGUGGGCGAUGAGGCGGCUUGGAAGUCGGUUGCGCAGAAGGGGAUGUUUUUGACGUUGAAUGUUGCGGUGGGUGGGAAUUGGCCGGGGAAUGUGGCUGCUGAUACGGCGAGUGGGAAGGCCGCGGGGAUGGAGGUUCAGUAUGUGGCUGUUUAUGAGUCGGAGUGA